AUGUCUCCUAGCACCAAUUCGCUCGACGGAGAGAAUAUAAAUCCAACCGCGAAUGGAGAAGCAUCAGCACCAGCUCCGGCAAAGAAAUCCUGGAUCCCAGGGGGCUUUGGAGGCAGCGGCAAGCAUGACGCCACCAUCGACAUCCCACUAUAUGAUCCAAAGAAGCGGGAGAAAGAGCUCUUAUCAUGGGAGGAGGAUUUGAAGAGGAGGGAGCGGGAUAUCAUACAAAGGGAGAAUGCAAUGGACAGAGCCGGUGUCACUGUUGAAGUGAAAAAUUGGCCACCAUUUUUCCCCAUCAUACAUCAUGAUAUAGCCAACGAAAUACCAAUCCAUGCCCAUAAGUUGCAAUAUUCAGCCUUUGCUAGCUGGCUAGGAAUUGUUGUAUGUCUCAGUUGGAAUGUAUUUGCUGUCUUGGUCGAAUCAAUUCAUGGGGAAGAUAUUGUUCUUUUUCUGCUCGCUGUCAUCUAUGCGAUAUUUGGUUGUCCUCUUUCAUACAUACUAUGGUACAGGCCUCUGUACCAGGCCAUGAGAACUGAUAGCAUGGUGACCUUCGGCCAAUUUUUCGUCUUCUACUCGAUGCAUGUUGGAUUUUGCGUUAUUGCUGCAAUUGCUCCUCCAAUAAUAUUCAUGGGGAAAACUCUUACGGGAAUUCUUGUUGCUAUCGAGGUUUUUAAUGGAGAUAUGAUCGUCGGGGUACUUUAUCUAAUUGGAUUUGUAUUGUUCACUGUAGAAUCGAUGAUGAGCAUUUGGGUGCUUGAGAGAGUAUACAUGUAUUUCAGAGGGCACCGGUGA